AUGCAUCAUUUACUUUCGCCGAGAACUGCACGUCAUGCCCGUCUGUUUAGACUCGCACAAAGUCUUGCCGCUUCACCUAAUCCACCUGCUGGUGUUCCAAAGACAGACGGUGAACGUUUGAUGUGGGUAAACUCGCAUGUAAAACGCAAUAAAGAUAUUGAAUUAUCACGUGAAGAAGAGCAGUUAAGAGAACGACAAAUGCCAAUUGAAGUAGGUGAAAACUCUUUUGCUUCCACAGCAGAAGCUACACAUGGGAAUCUUUUUCAUUUUCGUGAAUAUCCCAUGUACCCAGGAGAGUAUGUGCCAGCCGAACACAAGACACUUUCAUCCCUCCGCGAUGAGUUGCGAUUAGAACUCACCGCCCAGUCAUUAAAAGAGGCGUGGAUGCGUGUGAGUGGAGGAUUUUACUUUCAAUCUGUAGAGGAUUAUUAUGCGUCUGUGGAUGGAAUAGAUGCGGAACAGCUAGGAGAAGUACUGGCAGCUCUCUUUCCAGAGAUGAGUACAUAUGAGGCACAAGCUCUUGUACAGUGUACACUGGAAUCCAUCAGUAAACCAAUGAACACCGCCGCUCGACAAUUAAGUCGUACAAUUACUGCAGAUGCUGUUGGACUUGAUAAUGCGCCUGGUCAUUACACUAACUUUUUGGAAUGGAUGGGCCGACUUACAGAGACUAGGGCAUUUAAAACAGAACAUGCCCUUUUUCAGUUCAGUCGUCGUAAGUUUAACAGAGAUGAUGUACGUGUUAUGUUUGAGAAUUAUAAACUUAUGAGUAAGGCUACCCUUCAGUCAGACAGUGCAGAUAGCUACAGUCAUUUUUACACAGUCCUUAAAGACUUUUCACGUAAAGUGGCUGGUGAGGAUUCACGUCAUCAAAUUGGUGUACGUAUUGAUGAACCAGAGGUGGAUCAAGAAACAGGAAUUGCUGUUGGUCGUGGAUGUGCAGAUGGAGAGAAAUAUCAAUUUAUUGCACUUCUACGUGAAAAUCGUGAUCAUAAUGGUAGUAUUACUGUAAUGGGAAAACCACUUUCACUCGUACUUGAUAAUAAAGCUUGGUUAAUGGAAAUGGUACUUAUGCCAUUUGAUGAAGCUGCUUUAGACUAUAGAGACUUUGAUGUACACAUUGUUUCAGAAGGACAUGCAAUGCCUUCCAUUGCCAAUGAGAUUGCAGCAUUUGCAUUACGUAUGUCUGUAGCUAAUGCUCUUGUUAAACUACUCCCACUUACUCGUAUUCCACUUAAAAAGUCUGGAUUACUCUCUGUUGAUCGUCGUCGUGAAAGAGGGCAGUUCCCUGGUUAUCUGGAUGGAAAGAAGGUCAAGAGGAAGUUUGCUAAACGUUAG